UGUUGAAGCGUAAAUUAAAUGCAUAUCAUUAUUUCUCCGGACAUAGUCUUGUACUGGCUAUUAACUUGGCUGCUGGUCUCAGUAUCUUCUUUUUUGGUUAUGAUCAAGGUGUCAUGAGUGGUGUCAAUCUCUCGCCUGAUUAUAUCCGUAUUAUGGGAUUAGAAUCCAAUGAGGCAUUGUUAGGUGGUGUGGUCGCUGUUUAUUAUUGCGGUACAUUGAUAGGUGCCUUAAUGGGAGGAUGGAUAUCAGAUAGACAUGGUCGAAUCAAGACCAUUAUCCUUGGUUGCAUCAUUGCUAUGUUUGGUGCUAUUCUACAGACAUCUGCUCAGAAUGUUGCUUGGAUGAUUUGUUCUCGUAUUAUUACGGGUGUAGGCACAGGCCAUUUAAAUGCUGUGGUACCUGUCUGGAGUGCAGAGACAUCUCAUCAUACAUCCAGAGGACAGAUGAUUGCGAUGGAAUUUACCUUGAAUAUCUUGGGUGUGGUAGUGGCUUAUUGGCUUGCUUAUGGUCUAUCUUUUACAGAAGGUGCUUUUCGAUGGCGAUUUCCUAUUGCUUUUCAAAUGAUACCUUUAAUUGUGCUUGCUCUUGGUAUCAGUUUCUUUCCAGAAUCUCCUCGUUGGUUACUCAAAAAGGGUCGUAUGGAAGAAGGUCUUACUAUUCUAGCUGCUCUUCGAGGCAAUGGUGAUCCCAAUCACCCUGAUGUGCAAAGAGAAUACAAUGAAAUUAUCAUGGCCAUCGAGAAAGAGACAUCUUCUAAUGAACCAAGCUAUCUAGACAUGUUGAUCAAAAAGGAUCCCUUAAACAUCUCUCGCCGUGUGCAUCUCUCUGUCUGGUUACAGAUCAUUCAAGAAUUGACAGGCAUUGGCGUCAUUACAGUCUAUGCACCUCAAGUAUUUGCAAGUGCUGGAUUCAGUACACAAACAUCACAACUGUUGUCUGGUAUCAACAAUAUCACCUAUAUGCUAUCUACCCUAGUGGCUGUUUUUACCUUGGAUCGAUGGGGUCGACGGUUCACUAUGUUUUAUGGUGCUGUCUGUCAAGGUAUCUCGCUUAUCUUGGUCGCUGUCUUGACAAAGCCUGACAUCAUGGCACACAACCCUACGGCCUAUGGUAUCGGAGCUACUGUGUUUACGUUUCUGUACACAGCCUUUUUUGGCAUGACGUGGUUAGUCCUUGCUUGGGCUUAUCCUGUUGAGAUUUUCCCUGUAAGUGUACGGGCCAAAGGAGGUGCAUUUAGUGUGGUAGGCUGGUCGAUUGGUAAUGCCUUAGUCAUGGAAAUCACACCGCCCAUGAUUGCUGGUAUUGGUUGGAUUACCUUUUUGAUUUUUGGUGCAUUUAAUUUCUUGGCUAUUCCUAUUGUGUGGGCCUUGUAUCCCGAAACAAGUAAUAAGACAUUAGAGGAAUUGGAUGUGGUGUUUGCUACUCGAUCCAUGUUUGUCUGGAAAGCAGAAAAGGAGCUUGCUGCUAUGAAACGUGGCAGUAGUUUUGAUGAUACAAAAGAAAAGACGUCUAUUUCAAAAGACCUUAUUGAAUCUAAUUCAAUGUAAAUAUAAAUUGAUGACUAAGCACUAUGCGGGUAAAUAAAUAACCAUACAUCUUACAAAAGAAGAAG